CGCUGUCAUAGUACUCGUUACGUCUAUGAAAAUAUAACACAUUGUGACAUUUGCUAUGUCAUGCUCUUUAUAUAUCCAUGUAGAGCAUGGUACAAUGUAGAUUUGCGUAUCCAAGAAGCCGUAAGAACAAGGUGAGCAGUGACUUUGUAGAAAUUGCGUAUCCGGAAGGUUUCGAGCUUCAAAUGGAUAGUACACCUGCACUCUCACUUGUGCAAUGCCUCACAUCGAAGGAAUCAGGAAUCUAUACAACCCGAGUGUCUGAACAUAUACCUCUUGAUUUGAGCAAUCGAUUGCAGCAACUACUUCCACAGAAUAGUGAAGCUAAUUUGACAGGGAUUCUAUUCCGUUGGCCUCUAACACGUUCAUUGUGCCAUUUACCUCGUCCUACCAACGCUUGAUAAUACGA